AUGGGUUGUUGUUUAACUAAAUAAACUAAACAUAAAAAGUAUGCCAAUGCAGGUUGUGAUGAACAUCCAAUUUAAUAACCUGAAGAAUCGAAUUAUUUUGAGGUUUGUCAUGAGGCUGUUGUUCCCAAGGAGGCAAAACCAGAAAAAUAAGAAAAAUAAGAAAAAUAGGAAUAAGAAAAAUAGAUCACUUGGACAGAAGGAGAAAUGAUAGGCCAAGGAGCUUUUGGUAGAGUUGUCUUGGGAAUGAAUAGGGUGAGUGGGUAAAUUAUGGCUGUCAAACAAGUGUUUAUCAAGAAUGGCGAUGAGAAUGUAAAAUUCAAAUGUUUAUCUUAGAAAGUAUAAUCUAUCUAAAGAGAAAUUGAAAUUCUGAGUAAGUUACAGCAUCCUCACAUAGUGCGUUAUUAUGGUUCAGAAACAAAAAAUGACUAAUUAAAUAUUUUCUUAGAGUAUGUCAGUGGUGGUUCCGUUCUCACUAUGAUCAAAAGAUUUGGCAAAUUCAAGGAGUCUUUAAUUAGAGUUUAUUUGAAAUAGAUUCUAUUAGGAUUACACUACCUACACUCGAAAGGAGUAAUUCACAGAGACAUCAAAGGAGCCAACAUCUUAAUCAAUUAAAAUGGAUAAGUGAAAUUAGCAGGUAGAUUAUUAAACUUUGUUCCAUAGAUUUUGGAAGUGGCAAAUAAUUAUCUGAAAUCAAACAUGAUAUUGUUGGUUCCUUAUGCGGCACUCCAAAUUAUAUGGCUCCAGAGGUCAUCAAUUAGUAACACUAUGGAAAGUAUCAUCAAUAUAUUAAGUGUAAAAUAGGAAGGCCGAUAUUUGGAGUCUGGGUUGCACAAUGAUUGAAAUGGCUACUGGACAUCCUCCAUUCUCAGAAGUCAAGAAUAUCUAUACCGUCAUGGUUAAAAUAAGCAAGUUAACUGACACCUUUCCUAUUCCUGAAGAAUUGAAAUCUGAGUAGGCUAGAGACUUUCUUAAAAGAUGUCUGCAACUGAAUCCAGAAGACAGAUGGGAAGCAGAAGAUCUCCUUUAGCAUCCAUUUUUGAUUUCUAAAGAAUAAAGAUAUAGUGGUCUUAAUUCAGCUUAGGAGAAAAAGAAUGUUUUCAUUUCUGAUGACAUACUAUUCUAAUUGCAUUCAGAACUUAUACCCAAUAAAAAUAAAAAGCUAUAGUUUUCAUUUUAGUUAGACGACGAAUCCUAAUCACAAAAUGAUAAUUAACAUCAAGAAUAAGAAGUACCUCAAUAUUAAGAGUAGUAAGGAUAGGGGUCAUAGAGGGAGGAACCAAUCACCAAUAUCAUCAAGAUAAAUAACAAUAAUAUGUAAUCAGAACCAGAUUAAGAAACUUACAAGGUAAUUAUUGAAUAGAAUUUUGAUGAUAGACUUGGCUUAUAAUAAUUCGAUUCCAAUUAAAAUUGUUAAAAAAACAAAAAACUAAUUUUAAAUCGCCAAUGCUCCUUAAAUUAAGCAUUAGAUUAGGUUUUGAAUGAUGCAUUUCAACCCUAAUAAUAAUCGAAAUCACUUAAUCCUUUAAAAAACUGA